GGGGGGUGGGGGGUAAGGUAAAAGGGGAGGGCUGCCUUGGUGUCAUUUGAUCGGCCAUGAGCUUUGAAGAUCAGAAAGCUUACACAGCUGGGCCUACGGACAACACAUAGGUUUGCGAGUCAGCGGCAAAGGGGCUUGUGUCUUGGCAGUGGAAUUAAAGGGAAUUAGGGUACGUGCACAAUUGAUAAAAACAGUAUUGGUCUUACUGGCAUCGCAGAGGAUGCAUGCUAACCGGUAAUCCGAGUCUGAGAAGUUUUCCCUUGUGUCAGCUGGAUAUAUAAUAAGUCUAUACUGGACUUAUACUUCUGGAUCUAAAUCGACAAGAGGAUUUGACAAUCGUUUUUGUGAAUGUUAUACAAAACGUUCAGGUAACGUCUACACUUGCAUGAAGCAGGAAGCUUUUACUUUCUGUGUCAACCAUGGGGCUGGGAAUACAGCUUUUUCUCAGUUUGGUGAUGCUUAUGCCUUCACAGUUGGUGGCGGUCAGCUUUCCUGAAGACGAUGAACCCAUUGACACUGUCGACUACCACUAUUCAAGGCAAUAUCCUGUAUUCAGAGGACGUCCUUCAGGCAACGAAUCUCAGCACAGGCUGGACUUUCAGCUGAUGGUGAAAAUUCAAGACACACUUUUCAUAGCUGGCAGGGAUCAGGUCUACACUGUAAGCCUAAAAGAGUCAUAUAGGAAUGAAAUCAUCCCUUACAGGAAAUUGACGUGGAGAUCCAGGCAACAAGACAGGGAAAACUGUGCCAUGAAGGGAAAGCAUAGAGAUGAAUGCCAUAAUUUCAUAAAGGUUUUCGUUCCAAGAAAUGAUGAUCUGGUUUUAGUCUGUGGCACAAACGCUUUCAAUCCCAUGUGCAGAUACUACAGAUUGGACAACCUGGAAUAUGACCGUGAAGAAAUUAGUGGUUUGGCAAGAUGCCCAUUCGAUGCCAAACAGACCAAUGUUGCCAUCUUUGCUGACAGCAAACUCUACUCUGCAACGGUGGCAGAUUUCCUGGCAAGUGAUGCAGUCAUAUAUCGCAGCAUGGGAGAUGGAUCAGCCUUGAGAACAAUAAAAUACGAUUCUAAGUGGUUAAAAGAGCCACACUUUCUUCAUGCCUUGGAGUAUGGGAACUAUGUGUACUUCUUCUUUAGAGAAAUAGCAGUGGAACACAAUAAUCUGGGGAAGGCUGUGUAUUCCAGAGUGGCACGCAUAUGUAAGAAUGACAUCGGUGGCUCCCAAAGAGUACUAGAAAAACACUGGACCUCAUUUGUGAAGGCUCGCCUCAACUGCUCUGUUCCUGGGGAUUCAUUUUUCUAUUUUGAUGUUCUGCAAUCCAUCACGGACAUAAUAGAAAUUAAUGGCAUCCCCACUGUUGUUGGCGUAUUUACCACACAGCUUAAUAGCAUUCCAGGAUCUGCUGUGUGUGCUUUCAGCAUGGAUGAUAUUGAAACAGUGUUCAGCGGCAGAUUUAAAGAACAAAAAACACCAGACUCUGUUUGGACAGCUUUUCCUGAAGAUAGAUUACCUAAACCAAGGCCUGGCUGCUGUGCAGGACAUGGUCUGGCAGAGUCUUACAAAACCUCAAUUGAUUUCCCCGACGAAACCCUAUCCUUUAUCAAAUCCCAUCCUUUGAUGGAUUCUGCCGUCCCAUCCGUCACUGAGGAGCCCUGGUUCACAAAGACUCGCGUCAAGUACAGGCUCACUGCAAUUGCGGUGGACAAUUCGGCAGGUCCUUAUCAAAACUACACAAUACUUUUUAUUGGCUCCGAAGCAGGCGUGGUCCUCAAAGUCUUGGUGAAGACUCCCCUUUCUCUGAAUAACAGCAUUUUACUGGAGGAGAUUGAUGUCUUUAACCAUGGAAAGUGUCUAUCCAACAGCGAGGAAGACCGAAAGAUCAUGUCACUUCAGUUGGACACCGACAAUCAUGCCUUGUUUGUGGCCCUUUCAAGCUGUGUGAUCAAAAUUCCACUCAGUCGCUGUGAACGUCAUGGCUCCUGUCAAAAGUCUUGUAUCGCAUCGCGGGAUCCAUAUUGCGGCUGGAUGGCUGACGGAUCAUGUGAAAGGGUUCAGCCGGGUAUGAUCUCUGGGUAUGAACAAGAUGUGGAACAUGGCAACACCAUGCGACUUGGAGGUUGUCACGAAUUUGUGGCUACUGCAGCUAUGCCAGAUUACAAAACAUUUGGCGAUCCAACAUCUGACAUGGCGUUUUCAUCUCCCCCUGUCACCACAAUGGCAUCUGGCCCUAUAGUUUCACCAAAAGCCAUUGGCCCACUCUUACCUGAACUGAUUGGUUCACGGAAAUUUGUGCUCCAAGAUGAUCCUGACACUUCUGAUUUUUAUGAUCCAUUAUCAGGGGUCCCAAAGGGUGUGUGGGAGGUUCAGUCUGGAGAUUCCAAUCAGAUGGUUCACAUGAAUGUCUUGAUCACCUGUGUUUUUGCUGCUUUUCUCCUGGGUGCCUUCAUAGCUGGUGUGACAGUUUACUGUUACAGAGAUGCUUUCAUACGAAAACCCAGGAAAAUUCACAAAGACGCUGAAUCGGCUCAGUCUUGCACAGACUCAAGUGAAAGCUUUACAAAACUAAAUGGAUUGUUUGAUAGCCCAGUGAAGGAAUAUCAGCAGAAUAGUGAUUCGCAUAAGCUGUACACAAGCUUAUUGAGUAAUGGGAAAGAUAUGCCGACUAAUGGAGACACAAAGACGAUGAUAUUGAGCAGCCAUAGUCAACCUCCAGAACUAGCUGCUCUUCCAACUCCCGAGUCUACCCCAGUUCUUCAGCAGAAAAGCAUGCAGCCUAUUAAGAACCAGUGGGAGAAAGCUCAUAAUGUAAAGGUUUCAAGAAAGGAAUCUCCUCUCAAAAGCCCUCAGUAUUUUCCAUCUAGCCCUCCGCCUCACUCCCCUAUUGGACACGGACAAAUUCCAAGUGCUGUUGUUCUUCCGAAUGCUACCCAUGACUACCGUGCUUCCUUCUCAAAUCCCGAUUUCCACAGAUUGGAAAGGAAAAUGCAGAAUGUUGAUGGGUCAGCAUGUGGAAAAUCAAGCAAAAAAGACCACAGACGAUCUGUGGAUGCAAGGAAUACCCUGAAUGACCUUCUGAAACAUUUAAAUGAAACGAACAGCAAUCCAAAAGCUAUACUUGGGGAAGUCCCCAUGACCCACCAAUGCCUGCCACUGGACCCGAUGACAGAGAUGCCACCUAAAAUUCCCAGUAGAGAGGCUUCUCUUUAUUCUCCCUCUUCCACUCUUCCAAGAAACAGCCCGACUAAACGGGUUGAUGUGCCCAGUACUACAACAACACCAGUGAACACAUUAGAAAGACAGAGGGGGUAUCACAGAAGUUCUUCACAAAGGCACUCACUGUCUGGCCUGCCUAAAAACAUUAACUCACCAAACGGUGUGCUAUUGUCAAGACAACCUAGUAUGAACAGAGGGGGAUAUAUUACUCCCAACCCCCCAUCUAGAUUGGACUCGCAUGGAACACCAGUUGGUGUUCAUUCUCAACCCUCCUUAUCCAGACAGAGCAGCUACACAGGGCAUGGCUCACUUCCACGUUCUGGAAUCAAGAGGACACCCUCCAUAAAACCAGAUGUUCCGCCAAAACCCAAUGGGUUUGUUCCUCAGACUGCUCCAAUGAGACCUGUAAACAAAUACAGUUACUAAAGUUUGUAUUCACAUUGCAAAAGACCCAGGUGUGGUUGCAUCCUACCUAGAGGUGUUUGUUACUGAUGUUAUAGGAAGGUAAGACUGUAUGGAACGGUGGAAAAGCAAGUGGCCAAAGAAGCUACUUCCAACAGCAUCUUCUCUUUUUUUUUUUUUUGCAAACUGCCAGGAGGACAGCAAGUUUUCUGUUUCAAUACAAGGACGAGAGGUGGUUGUAGCUUGUGUUAAAGUCAAGUCUGGAGCCGAGGAAAAACAAACUGCUUGGAGAGACUUAACUGUUUGUUUUAUGCCAAUUUUGGCGUUCUAAAUUACCAUGCAAGAAUACUUGAAUGGGUUCCAUUAUUUACUGCCACUGAGCAUUGUCUUCCCAUUUUGAAUGUGAAUUUUAUUUUAUUUUUUAAAGAAAAAAAAAGAAAGUAUGCAUUUGUCAGGCUGCUUGGCCAAAAUAUCAGAAACUAUUUAUCUCCAUGAUGUUUUGAAUUACAAGCAAUGUGCUUUGACACUGAGAAAUGCAUUUAUGGACGAAUUGUAGCAAAGAAGUUUCAUUUGUGGCAAAAAAGUCUGUCGCAAACCUAAUACUAACCCUGUGUACAGUUUAUACAUGUACACAAUAUGAUGCACUUACAAUAUUUGUGCAGCGGUACUAUUCAGAAGGUGCACACUGAUCCUAAAUUGAUCCAUUAGUACCACAUUUUAUAUGGAUAACAGCUUGGGCCAAUCUAUGUUAUUAUCAUUCAGGGAGAACUCCCUGGACAUUUCUAAAGUACAUUUUGUUUUGCUGCUAUUGGUGUAAUAUAUACAUAUUAGUAUACAUUUUACUACUCCAGGACUGCCAAGAAGACACUGUGAAGCAGAGUUCCUAGUCUUAAUGGCCAGGGGGCUUUUAGUAUAGAGUUAGGCACUGCCUUUGUGAGGGUGAGCUGGCGCAGUGUGUAAAUGCACAAUCCUUUCACCAUUUGAGGCCUGGGUUAGCCUCAAUGGACAUUACAAAACCACCACAACAUUUGUCAAGUGCCAGCCUCUUCAGCCAGUGCCAUUGUCCCUCACAUUUUAUUAGCUAUUUUGUACUAAAAUCACGUAUAUGUUGAAAAUGUAAGUGCUUCUUUUCUUUGCCCUCAAAACAAUCAGUGAAUUUCAAGUCUAGUAACUACCCAUUAGGUAUUAGAGUAGUGCAAUCAUUUAAAAAAAGAGAAUAACAAGGUGUCCCUAAGAGUCAUGCAGGUAAUGACCAUGUUCUGUAAAUAUAUUUUUGUGAGUUUUCCUGAAUCUGUGCAUUGUGUGCCUUAUUCGACGAUCACUACCCUAACUGCUGAACAUUUGUCAUUUGUGGUCUUGAGGAUUAAUGUUUUGCCAGUUAUACAUUCUAAAAAGAAAAAAAAAAAAUGUAUAUCCACAAAUAACAAAGCAACGUUAGAUAUCCAUUUUACAAUGAUAACAAAUCAAUCGUGGCCAUCAAAAGAUAAAUUACAUUUCCUUUUUACAGAAUGAAGACACGUGUUAUUCCAAGAUAAUAAUAAAAAAAAAAACACACAGUUUUGCUUUCAGCUGUUAUAGAAAGAUGUUAUCUCUUGCACAGUUGAAGUAUAAUUCAGUGAAUGUAAAACACUAAUUACAAGGGGAAGUAUGUGAAACUGGGUGCUCAAGACAGACACAAACUACAUGAAACUAAGAUGUUACCUUUGUUUUAUAAGUUUCUGUAAAACUGACCAUUUGUUUCCUUAAUCAAAAAUUAUUUAUAUAAGGAAAAUUACAACCAUCUAAUUAGAUUUUGUUAAAAGGGCCUGUUGGUCACCCAAUUACAGAACGCAUGAGUUUUAAUACAUGGAUUAACAAGGCUGGGAAAGUACACUGAAAACAUUCAGUGAAAUAGAAUAGGAUUGCAUGCACAUGCACUGAGAGCUUAUUCAGUGUUUCCAAAUGGUAAAAAAAAAAAAAUAAAAAAAAAAAUUAAGGAUUCUAAGAUUGCAAAUAAAAAUGUUUACCUAUAUGUGCCCAAAGUUCAACUGUGUUUAAGACAUUUUCUGUUUAUUGAAGGAAAAAAAAAAAACAUUUCAUCAAGUCACAGUUGUUAGUACUGUACUUCGAGUACUAAUGUAUGUACAAAGUGAAAGCUGCCCUGUACUUGUGUGCCCUCUUGAAAGGUGUGUAACGUUGAACUGCCUUGUAUAUUGCAAUGUGAAUUCAAACCGUCUUUAUGUUGCAAUUUGACUAUUCAAGCCUUUUCAUUAAGAUGCUUUGUGUGCAAAGAAUAAAGUUGUCAACUUUUGUUUUUAAUACAGCACAAGUUCAGAGCUGA